UUCCAUGAACCCGAGUAGUGUCAGUUCUCUUCAGAUCGUUUAUAAGUGGUGUGAUUUGGCUAAACCAUUUGAGAUUAAAACACAUUUGGAAGUUUGUAACCGAGAGAUCGCUGCAGGAUGGCCGAAGCUCAGCAUGAACCCCUGAUCCGAGCUCCAAGUGAGCAAACAGCAAUAAAUGUUGGAACUACAGCAGGAGGGUCCAAUAAGCGGGCUUUUAAGAUAGCUGGUUUUACCCUCCUGGCCUGCCUGCUCAUUGCUGGCCAGGCUCUGACUGCCUACUUUGUCCUGGGUCAGAAGGGUGACAUUAAAAACCUGGAGGAACAGGCCAACUCCCUGAAGAAAGAGCUGAGUAAAGGGCGCUCUGUUGCUGUCCCCAUGAAGCAACAUGCUUCCAUGAACAGCAUGAAACUGAUGGAUGAUGACUCUACUGAUGAGGAGACCUCUACCCAUGUUCACAAGGAAGAUGGCUCAGCUACCAAGUGUCAGCUGGAGGCUGCAGCGGCUGAGCAUUUGGGUUUGAAGUCCUUCCAACCUCAGUGUGAUGAAGACGGCAACUACAAGCUCCAGCAAUGCUGGGCGGACAAAGGCCUCUGCUGGUGUGUGGACACCAGUGGUAAGGCACUUCCUGGGACCAUAAGAUCUGGACCUGCACUUUGUGGUGCCAAAUCUGGAUUUGGACAUAUGAUGGCCCUACCUAACAACCUUCUCAUCGAUGAUGUGGAGCAGUGAAGCUUACCUUCUGGAUGUCAUAUCUAUAUGUACGCGCUUCCUCUCGGAACUCCCUGAUUCUCUGGCAUUUAGAAAUAAUCUGGAACAGGGUUUUGGAUACCAACAAGUUCUCUUUUAAAUGUUUUUUCUGUAGAAAAGCUUCUCAAAUAAUCAAUAUUCUAUAUAAUGUAGUCAGGUUCAUGGGUGUACUGUUACUAAACUAAUUGUUAUAACUGAGCUGAAAGCAGUCCUAAUGUUUGUGUUAUUCUAGCUAAUAAAAUACAUUUGAAAGAAAUCUAAAUAAAUGCCACAAACUAAACUUUAUUUAUUGAUUCUUGAAAAUGGAACCCUGUAUGACGUAAUACUUCUGCAAGUUUUAUAUUGGGAAAUUUUAACAUUUUGGAAAAACUGAACUGAAUUUAUUUCCAUGCCAUCGAAACAGUCUGCCCGUUUUUACAGUUUAAAUGGUGCCAAUGCUUUUUUAUUUUUCAUUUCACAUUCAUACUACCUGAAGUAAAUUGUUCUAAUAGAAUUGUAAUGGUAUAUUAUAACUGCACUAUUUUAUUGAGUUGUGAUAGGGUCUGUAGCCUGAAACUGGUAAACCAUUGUUAGAAAUUAUUCAGGAUGUAUUACCUGAUAUUAAUUUGUCCUGGUCCACCUGGGUGGCCAUUAAACAUUGGAGUUCGCUGCUUUACAGUAGUGUAAGCUAGUUUUACAUGUUUAAGUAAAAGUCUGGACAUAUCCAAAAUGAAAUUAUGUUUUUAAACAAAUUAUUUUCUUUUAAUGUUUAUAUUUAUUUCUAAUAAACACGCAUAAAAACA